AUGAAGUCCUUUGCCGUUGUUUCCGCUUUGUGCCUGAGUGCUCAAUCCGUCGUUGGAUUCGCCCCUCUCACUACUGCCAAUGUCGUCAAGUCGUCGGCUCUCUUUGAGGCUUCCAGUGGCCGAUCGUCGCAAUACGUCGAUGAAAUCAACAAGUUUAGUGAAACAGCCGUGGCCACUUACGAAGAACAACGCAGGGAAUUGGAGGACAUUUCCGCCAUGCUAACCACCAUUCGAGAACAAUGUGAGAAUCAAGAAAACUAA